AUGGCUCCUUCCACGAACGAAUUCGUCAAUAACACAUCCAAACCCGCUGAUGAGGGGUUACCACGUUGCAGAAUGCUUCAUGUGGAUGGAACACGAAUUGUCAACCCUGCCGGUGAAACGGUCAUCCUGAAAGGUGCCGGCAUUGGAGGCUUCCUCAACAUGGAAAAUUUCAUUACCGGGUACGCGGGGCAUGAGCACGAGCAUCGGGCGCAACUAGCCUCUGUGCUAGGACACGAGAAGGCCGAAUAUUUCUUCAACAGACUCAUCCAUCACUUCUUCACUGAUGCAGAUGCAGUAUAUUUUGCCUCACUUGGUCUCAAUUGCAUCCGCAUUCCCUUCAAUUACCGACACUUUAUUGAUGAUUUAAAUCCUGGGGUGCUCAAGCCAAAUGGGUUUGCUAUGCUAGACAGAUGUGUCGAGAUAUGUGCACGCCAUAAUAUCUACGUUGUCCUUGACCUCCAUGCUGUACCCGGUGGACAGAACCAGGACUGGCACUCAGACUCUGGAACUGCACGAGCCCAGUUUUGGGACUUCAAAGACCACCAAGAUCGUGUCGUUCAGCUUUGGGAGGCACUGGCUGGGCGUUAUGUUGGCAAUCCAGUUAUCGCAGGCUACAAUCCUCUCAAUGAGCCUGCAGAUCCGAAUAUGACCGACAAGGGCUUCUAUGGUGCUCGGCUUGUGCAAUUCUGCUCCAGAAUUGAAAAGGCCAUCAGAGCUAUUGAUCCUGAUCAUAUGCUCUUCAUCGACGGCAACACCUUCGCCAUGGAUUUCCGAGCAUUUGCCGAAAGCCCUCUGCUUCCCAACACAGUGUAUGCUUGUCACGACUACAACAAGAUGGGUUUCCCCGGCCGGCAGCAGUACGAGGGUACAAAAUCUCAAAAAGAAGCCAUAAGGGCUAGCUUUGAGCGCAAAGUCGAGUUUAUGCGCGAGAAGAAUGUUCCUAUCUGGAACGGUGAAUUUGGCCCUGUAUACGACGACGAGAGGAAGGUUGGGAAAUCUGCUGCUGCAAAGACAAACGCAAAUAGGUUUGCCCUUCUCAAAGAGCAACUUCGCAUGUAUGCGGAAACUGGCGUCAGCUGGUCCAUCUGGCUCUAUAAAGAUAUUGGGUACCAGGGUAUGGUGUAUAUUGAUCCAGAAUCGCCUUACAUGAAGCUCAUCCAGCCAUUUGUGAUUCGAAAGGAGGAGCUGGGACUAGACUUCUGGGGUAUCGUUGAUAAGAGUGGUGUGGAGGGUGUGUACGGGCCGUUCAUUUCAGGCCUGAAGAAGAUGAUUCCGGAACAAUACCACUCGGUAAAAUAUCCCAAGGUCUGGACUUUUGAUCGGCACGUGGAGCGUGUGGUACGAGAAUGCCUCAUGAGUGAGUAUCUUGGAUGGGAGAUGGCUGAGCUGUUCCGCGGUAAGACGGAAGAAGAGCUGGAGGUAUUGGCGUCAAGUUUUGCGGUGGAAAAUUGUAAGCAGCGAGAUGAACUAAGUGUCAUUCUCAGGGAAGAUGCUUUCGGCCGCUGA